AUGGGGCAGAAUUCCAGGGAAUUCCUGGGAAUUGCAGCCUUGGGAAGGGCUCUGAGGGAAUUCCAGCAGGAAUCCCCUGGAAUUCCACCCUCUCCCAGCCCGGAUUCCCGGAAUUCCGUUCCAAAGAAGGAAUUGGGCUCUCCGUGCCCGGCCGGGCUCUUCCCGAUCUUCCUUCCCGCCAGGAGGAGGCCCCUGGAGGAGCUCCCGGCUCCCUUUGAGAUCGGCCCCUCUGGAAAAGCUCCCAGGAAAUCCAAGGAAUCCUCACAGCAUUCCCUGGACCAGAUGAUCAUUGACGCCGGCCAGCGGCAGCUGGGGGCGCUGCAGUGCGGAUCCUGCGGGAUGCUCUACGCCCCCGGAAUUCCCGAGGAUCGGCUCCAGCACCUCCGGCACCACCGCAGGCUCCGCGAGGGGCUCCGGUACCUGGGCUGGAAGAAGGAGCGCGUGGUGGCGGAAUUCUGGGAUGGCAAAAUCGUCCUGAUCCUGCCCGGGGAUCCCACAUACGCCAUCAGGAAGGCACAGGAGGUUCUGGCUCUGGUGGAUUCCGAGCUGGGAUUCCCGGCGGGGGCGCCGCGCUGCCCGGAGCCCUCCCAGCAGAAUUCCCGACAGCAUUCCCGGCAGAAUUCCCGCAUCGCCCCGGAGCCGUCUGGGCGGGAUUCCCGGCAGCAUUCCCGGAUUUUCCCGGAGCAGUCCCACGUUUACCUGUUCGUGAGCCCCGGGAACGGCGUCCUCGGCUGCCUGGCGGCGCAGGGCAUCGCCCAGGCAUUCCGGGUGCUGCCGGAGCCGGGCUCGGCGCCAUUCCCAGACCCCCAGGAUCGCUCCCAGGAUGAUUCCCGGGCCGAUUCCCGUGCGGAUUCCCGGGACGUGCUGGCGUUCCGGGCCUGGCGCUGCUCCCUGGAUCCCGAGCCGGCCGUGUGCGGGAUCAGCCGGAUCUGGGUGCUGGGAUCGUGCCGGCGCCGCGGCAUCGCCCGCAGACUGCUGGACACGCUCAGGCGCACGUUCGUGUUCGGGGCCGUGCUGAAUUCCCGGGAUUUGGCCUUUUCCGACCCCACUCCGGACGGGAGAGGCUUCGCCGCCCGAUACUGCGGCCGCGCCGACUUCCUGGUCUACAACCUCCUGCACGGGGGCACCGCGGGAUCGGGAUCAGCCUCGGGAUCGUCGGGAUCAGGAUCGGGAUCAGCGGGGUCGGGGUCCCCGGCCUGAGUUAGCUGGAAAAGCUGGGAUUGAUCCAGGAGGGUCCUGCUGAGAUCCCAAGGGAGUUCUGAGCUCCCAUGGGAAUCCUUCCCUGAAUCCCUUCACUUCCCUGAAUCCAUUCCCUAAAUCUCUGAAUCCUUUCCUUGGGGAAUUCUUCCCUUCCCUUGGGAAUCCUCAUUCCUUGUGAAUCCUUCCCUAAAUCCCUUCCCUUCCAAAUCUCUUAUUCCCUUUGGACUCUUUCCCUUGGGAAUUCCUGAAUCCCUUCCUUUCAUCCCUUCCCAAUCCUGAGCCCCCACAGGAGUUCCUCAUUCCCUGGGAAUCCUUCCCUAAAUCCCUUCCAAGAUCCUCAUUCCCUUGGGAAUCCCUCCAUUCCGUUUGGGAUCCUUCCCUUGGGAAUCCUUUAUUCCCUUCCGUUCCCUUCCCUUUGGAAUUCUUCCUUUCUCUUGGCAAUCCUUCCCUAAAUCCCUCAUUCCCUUGGGAAUCCUUCCCUCAAUCCUUUCCCUUGGGAAUCUCUCCCUUCAGAAUCCUUCUCUUGGGAAUCCUUCAUUCCCUUCCUUUCUUUGGGAAUUCUUCCCUGCCCUUGGGAAUCCUUCCCUAAAUCCCUCACUCCUUCCCUUGGGAAUUUCCCUCUGGAAUCCCUCCCUGCUCGCUUCCUGCACAGUUGCUGCGUUCCACUGGAAAUCCUGGAAUUCUGCCAGGUUUCCCCUGGAAUUUUUGGGUUUUCCUGGGUGGUUUUUUGGGAUUUAAGUUAAUUGGGGUCAGGGGUUUGUUAAUGGAGCUUUUGUGUGUUUUUCCUGUUCCCUUGGAAUUGUGCUGGGAAUUCUUCCCAGGGGUUUCUUUCCCAUGGGAUUUGCACCUGGAGCCUCCCGGGGCCCUCCCAGGCAGGAAAUUCCAGGGGUUUUGGAAAUGUUCCAAUGUUUUGUGAUGAUGUUCCAUAAAUUCAUGACAAUA